AUGGAUAACUUAUCAUUCAGGCAAUCCAGUUCAAGUGAGGUUAAUUUUAACCGGUACUUCAUUAGCUUGAACGACAUCGAGAAUGAACAGGAAUGGGUUUGGUCAGAUGGCACAAAAGCAAGCUAUACUAACUGGUAUCGUGGUGAAUGGAAUGAACCAAAUGGUGUUAACGAACAUUGUGUAGUUACGUUGGAAACAGCAAAAGACCGGAUGUGGGCUGAUGUUACUUGUAGUACGAAGUAUCUCAGCAUUUGUCAAAGAAAACUUGUAUUCAACGUUAAAGGAAAUUGCAAAUACCAUAUCAGUCACUUGGACAAAAGAACUUACUACGACGCUCAGUCCUAUUGCUUUAGAAUGAAUAAUACUGCAACGCUUGCAAUGGUCAAAACAGAAGAAAUUCAUCAAUACAUAGAAGAAGCGAUUAAAACAAGAUUUAGUUCAAGCAAUAUUAUGACUUUCUGGAUCGGUGCGAAAAAAGACAGCAGUGAUUCAUGGAGAUUUAUUGACGGCACGCGAUUCUCUACUGGAGGAUUUAAAAAAUGGGGAAAUAAUCAACCGGGAUCUGGGAACAAAGUAUAUUUCAAUACUAUUGUUGAAGAAUCAAACACAGAUCUGCUUUGGUUUUCUGGAACAAAUGAUGAUAAAAGAGGUUUUAUUUGUGAAUUACCAGUCACUGAUCCUUGUCACCCAAUGCCUUGUAGGAAUGGAGGUAGAUGCAGAAGUAUCGGGUGUCAGAUGGCAUGCAGUUGUGUUAACGGGUACAGCGGGACAUAUUGUGAACACGACCAAUUGUCCAUCACUGUGACUCAGUGGAAUAAAAUCAUUCUCACAGGAGAAUCAGCGAGAAUAACUCUUGAAGUGGUGUCUGACUUCGACGACGUUGAUAUCCAACUUUACACAAUCCAAGGAGGCAAAUCAAAUAUCCUAGAUAAAAAAAAAUCCGUUGAAAUGGCAAGCAUUGAAUUGAAUACAGGACCGAUACAUUCUGCUAGUGAAGAGAAAGCAUACAUGCUCAAAGCGUUUAACGGCGAAGCAGAACGAAUUAUUGAUAUAAAAAUUGCUGUUCACGAGAAAGCAAAUAUUGCCGAUAUCAGUCCACCUCGUAUUGCGAUUCCAUCAAACCAAAACCAAACGAUUACUUGCCACGCUACGGGAGUUCCUAGUCCGUCUGUGUCAUGGUAUUUUGAGGAAGAAGUCGUCAGCAGGAAAACGAUUUCUGAUGUUCACCAGAUGAAUUUCUCAACUCAAUCGAUAUUAUAUUUCAAAACAACAAGGCCAGGAACUCGAGUUAAAUCGCACGCUGGAGUUUAUACAUGCCGCGUCUCAAAUUAUGUAGGAGAAGAUCGAACAAGAUUUGAAAAUAGCGAAACAGCAAAAGUCAUUGAAAUGCCUGAAUACUCUGCAUCAUCAAUUAUCUGUACUUCAGAUAUUAAAGUCAGGUGGAUUCCAGGUGUGGAAGCAACUCAUAUAAAACACAGGAUAACUUUAGAAGGAGAGCUUUACAGUAAAACGAUCAAUAUCACGCCAACUAAUAAUCAAGCAAAUACAACAAUUUUCUCUAACUUAAUGAGGCAGUCGUUGUAUACUGUGAAGAUGGCAAUCUGCCUUAAAACAUGCAUAACUAACCCCGGGAAAGCGGUCGAAGUGAAAACAGCCAUCAGUCAAGCUGGUGAGAUACCAAAUGUCAAACUCGACGAGAAUGCGACUGAUAAAACAUGUAAGAUCUCGUGGUCAAAGUCAAGCGAUUCAGAAUACAUCACUGGCUUCAAGGUUUCAGCUUAUUCAACUUUGGUUCAAACUGGUUCUAUAAGUUCGGAAUCUGAGAAAUACAACGACACGUUUGGUAUUCCACUCAGAUCGGCUCAGAGUUAUUCCUUCGAUACCAGCCCGAAUAGAAACUACACAGUGUAUAUUCAAGCCAUUGCUUGUGAUAAACCCGGAAUUUUGUCCAGAGCUGUUGGCAAUUGCAUAAGCGAUACAGAAGCUCCGUCGGUUGUAGCUGCGCCUAAGAUUUUGGAGGAUAAAGGCGACACAAAAACGAGAAAUAUUCAAAUCUCAGCCAUUGACCAGAGUAAUGGGACAAUCAGCUGCAUUUUCAUUAUCGUUGGCAUUCACGAACAAGAAAAUAGCGAGCAGUAUUCCACUAGCUUCACAAUGGAAGAUUUGACGAAGGCUGAGGCAAUUUCGAAAUCAUCCGAACCGAAUGUGGGCAUGAAGUACAUUGCCAUUGCAAGGUCAAACAUUCCACUUGGAAGUGAUAUUGUGUCUCUUGGUGAUGAUGCCUCGACUUCAUGUGAUAUUCUUAGCGCUAAACAAACCACGAAAAUACCAAAGAGUAGAAUACCGCAGAUGAACUUUGCUGCAACAAAUUUCCCUCUAGAUGAGGGAAAAUUUUACGAGUAUUUCAUGGUCACAACAACUCCCGGUUCAAAUGGAAAGGUACACUUCGGAAUGAGCACUGCACAAUCAUUCAAAUGUUACGACAAAUUGUCUAUCACGGCGACUCAAUCGAAUAAUAUUACUCUUAUUGGCGAAUCAGUGACAAUAACUCUUCAAGUUUUGUCUGAACUCGGCGAAGUCGGAAUCAAACUUUACAAAGAAGGCAAUUCGAAUAUCCUUGAUGAAAAAUCAGUCGGGAAUGGAACCGUAGAAUUUACGAUUGGCCCAAUGAACUCAGCCUCUGAAGGGCAUGCGUACAUGUUCAAAGCAGUGGCAGGAGAAGCGCAACGCGUCAUUAAUAUAACAAUUGCUGUUCACGAAAAAGCAAAUAUUGCCAAUAUCACUCCAUCUCGUAUUGCGAUCCCAUCAAACCAGAACCAAACAAUUACUUGCUACGCCACCGGAUUCCCUAGUCCUUCUGUGUUAUGGUAUUUUAAGGAAAAAGUCGUCAGCAGGAAUACAAUUUCUUAUGUUCAUCAGACAAAUUCUUCAACCAAAUCGGUAUUAUAUUUCAAAACAACAUGGCCAAGUGCUCGAGCCAAAUCCCAUGCUGGAGUUUAUAGCUGCCGCGUGUCAAAUUAUGUAGGAGAAGAUAAAAAUAGAGUCGAAAAGGGAAAGACAGCUAAAGUUAUUGAAAUGCGUGAAUACUCUGCAUCACCAAUUAACUGUAGUUCUGACAUUGAAGUCAGGUGGAUUCCCGGUGUGGAAGCAACUAAUAUAAAACACAAGAUUACAUUAUUAGGAGAGAAUCACGGAAAAACAGUAAAGAAAUUCACGCCAUCUGAUAAUCAAAUGAUUAAAACAAUUUUCACGAACUUGACUCAACAAUCGUUGUACAUUGUGAAGAUGGCAAUCUGCCUUGAAACAUGGAAAACAAACCCCGGAAGAGCGGUCAAAGUAAAAACAGCUAUCAGUCAAGCUGGUGAGAUACCAAAUGUCAAACUCGAAGGGCAUGCGACUGAUAAAACAUGUAAGAUCUCGUGGUCAAAGUCAAAUGAUUCAGAAUACAUCACUGGUUUCAAGGUUUCAGCUUAUUCAACUUUAGUUAAAAUUGGUUUCAAAAGUUUGGAAUCUGAGAAAUACAACGACACGUUCGAUAUUCAACUAAAAUCGGCUCAGAAUUAUUCCUUUGAUACCAAACCGAAUAGAAACUACACAGUGUUCAUUCAAGGCAUUGCUUGCGAUAAACCAGGAAUUUUUUCCAAAGCUGUUGGCAAUUGCAUAAGCGAUACAGAAGCUCCAUCGGUUGUAGCUGCACCGAAGUUUUUGGAGGAUAAAGGCGACACAAAAACGAGAAAUAUUCAAAUCUCAGCCAUUGAUCAGAGUAAUGGGACAAUCAGUUGCAUUUUUAUUAUCGUUGGCAUUCAUGAACAAGAACAGAGCGAGCAGUCUUUCGCUAAUUUCACAAUGGAAGAUUUGAAGAAAGCCGAGGAAAAUUCAAAAUCAUCUAAACCGAAUGUGGGCAUGAAGUACAUUGCCAUAGCAAGAUCAAACAUUCCAAUUGAAAGUACCAUUGUGUCUAUUGGUGAUGAUGCCUCAACUUCAUGUGAUAUUCGUAGUGCUACACAAAAAACGAACAGAAGGAAGAAUGGCAUAUCACAAGUGAAUUUUGCUGCAAAAAAUUUCCUUCUAGAUGAGGGAAAAUUUUACGGGUAUUUCAUGGUCACAACAACUCCCGGUGCAAAUGAAAAAAUACACUUCGGAAGGAGCGCUACACAAUCUUUCAAGUUUUACGACAAAUUGUCCAUUACGGCGACUCAAUCGAAUAAUAUUACUCUCAUUGGCGAAUCAGUGACAAUAACUCUUCAAGUUUUGUCUGAACUCGGCGAAGUCGAAAUCAAACUUUACAAAGAAGGCAAUUCAAGUAUUUUUGAUAAAAAAUCAGUUGGGAAUGGAACCGUUGAAUUUAUAAUUGGCCCGAUGCAUUCAGCUUCUGAAGGGCAUGCGUACAUGUUGAAAGCAGUGGCAGGAAAAGCGCAACGCGUCAUCAAUAUAACAAUUGCUGUUCACGAAAAAGCAAAUAUCGCCAAUAUCACUCCAUCUCGUAUUGCGAUCCCAACGAACCAGACUCAAACAAUAACUUGCUACGCAACCGGAUUCCCUAGUCCUUCUGUAUUAUGGUAUUUUGAGAAAGAAGCCGUCAGCAGGAAUACAAUUUCUGAUGUUUAUCAGACGAGUUCCCUAACCAAAUCUGUAUUGUAUUUCAAAACACCAGGGACAGGCACUGCAGCCAAGUCCCACUCUGGAGUUUAUACCUGUAGUGUGAUAAAUUAUGUAGGAGAUGAUCAAAAUGAAGCGGGAAGUAACAAAACGGUCAAAGUUAUUGAAAUGCCUGAAUACUCUGCAUCAUCACCUAACUGCAGUUCAGAUAUUAAUGUCAGGUGGAUUCCCGGCGUGGAAGCAACUCAUAUAAAACACAGGAUCACAUUAUCAGGAAGUCGUUACAGUGAAACUGUCGAAAUCACGCCAUCUGAUAAUAAAACAAUCGAAACCAUUUUCACAAACUUGACGCAACAAUCGUUGUAUACUGUGGAGAUGUCACUAUGUCUCGAAACAUGCAUAACAAACCCUGGAACAGAAAUUCAACUGAAAACAUCUUUCAAUCAAGCUGGUGUGGUACCAAAUGUCAAAUUCGAAAAGCAUCCGAGUGAUAAAGCAUGUAAGAUUUCAUGGUCAAAGUCAAAUGAUUCAGAUUACAUCACUGGUUUCAAGGUUUCAGUUCAUUCAACUUUGAUUAAAAUUGGAUCCAAAGAUUUGGAAUCUAAGAAAUACAACGACAAGUUCAAGAUUCCACUCAAAUCGACUCGGAAUUAUUCCUUCCAUACCACACCGAAUAGAAACUACACAGUGUCCAUUUACGCAAUUGCUUGUAAUAAUCCAGGAAUUUUGUCCAGAGCUGCAGGCGAUUGCACAAGCGAUACAGAAGCUCCUUCGUUUGUAGCUGCGCCGAAGAUGUUGGAGAAUAAAGGCGACACAAAAACAAGAAAUAUUGAAAUUUCGACCAUUGACCAGAGUAAUGGGCCAAUCAGUUGCAUCUUUGUUGUCGUUGACUUUCAAGAGCAAGGAAAGAGCGAGCGUUCUUCCGUUAACUUCACAAUUGAAGAUUUGAAAAAGGCAGAGGCAAAUUCGAAAUUACUCAAACCACAAGGGGGUCAGAAGUACAUUGCUAUAGCAAGAUCAAACAUUCCAGUUGAACGUACUAUUGUGUCACUUGGUGAUGAUGCGUCAACUUCCUGUGAUAUUCACAGCGCAACACAAAACAUGAAAAGAAAGAAGAGAGAAAUAUCCCAGAUGGUUCUUGCUGCAAAAAAUUUUCCUUUAAACGAGGGAAAAUUCUACGAGUAUUUUAUGGUCACAACAACUCCCGGUGCAAAUGGAAAUGUACACCUUGGAACGAGCGCUUCACAAUCAUUUAGAAUUAAAGCUACUUCAACAACCUGGCUGAUUGUAGUUAUCAUCAUUGCAAUCGUUGUCACCAUUAUGGGGGCAAUUGCCCUGCUUGUCUGUUGCAAAAGGCGUCAAUCAUCAAAAAAUAAAACAGACACAAGCAUCGCCUUGGUUCGCACUGCAACAUCACCAGAAUCCUAUAAUACACAUGAAAACGUCCGGGAGGAGACGGUUGACAUUGGGAAUGAAACUCGAAUAUAUGCCGAGUCACUCCUGAUCACUUAUAACAGAAUGAAAACUAGUGACAAUGGAGAGUUCAAGAUCCAAUUUGAAAAAUUGAAGAAAGCUAUGACGUUGAUAGGAGAAACAAAAGAAGUCGCAUCUCUUCCGAACAUGACGAAAAAGAACAGAUAUAAAAACAUUCUUCCAUACGAUUCCACCCGGGUGGUACUGAACGGGGAAGGUGACAAAGACUACAUAAAUGCUUCGUAUAUUCAUGGAUAUGAAACCCGCAGGAAAUUCAUUGCAAGCCAAGGACCUUUGCCUGUUACCGUGAACGAUUUUUGGAGGAUGGUAAUCGAGCAAAAAUGUGCCGUGAUCAUAAUGUUAACCGGCUUAAUGGAAAGAGGGAAGAAAAAAUGUGAAAAGUAUUGGCCAGAUGUCGACAGAACAGCAUUUUAUGAAUCAAUUUCUGUGAAGACUGUCAUUGAAGAACAUGUUGGAAGUUAUAUAAAAAGAACGUUCAAAGCUACUUCUACCGAUGGGCUGAAGCAAAACAUAACUCAUUUUCAAUUUACAACAUGGCCUGAUCACGGAGUCCCUGUAACAACAUCAGGGUUUUUCAGACUUCACAAAGCAGUUUCUGAAAUUAAUAGUUCAACACCGGUUAUAGUUCAUUGCAGUGCUGGAGCCGGGAGAACCGGUACGUACAUUGCAUAUGAUUAUCUUCUGAAUGAAGUUGAAAAAGAAAGCGCUAUUGACGUUUAUGAAUGUGUUCAUACAUUGAGAAAACAAAGAGUAGAAAUGGUCAGAACCGCGGACCAAUAUAUCUUCGUGCACAAGCUAUUGGUUGAACAUUAUCUUUUUGAUGACACUGAAAUGGAUGAAGAACAACUUCGAAGGCUGAUGCAAAGCAACAACGCGGAUCAAUUUCUACUAGAAUUCCAAAACUUGUCUGAAAUUCCUCCGAUGAAUUUGAUUAAAGAUGGCAAAGAAGAUAUAUACAGAACAAUGAAUCGAAAUCAAGAUAUUAUUCCAUACAAACGAAACAAAGUAGUAGUUGUUCGAAUGCCAGAAGACACCGAAACACCGUACAUCAAUGCUUCUGUUAUGGAGACGUAUGAAGGAAACGGUAAAGUGAUUGCUGCCCAAGGACCAAUGAGAUCAACUGUCGAAUAUUUUUGGAGAGCAAUAAUGGACAACGAUGUUAGUGUUAUCGUCAUGUUGACCCAAGUAAUGGAAGAAGAACAGCAACAAUGCUGCCAAUAUUGGCCUGAUAAUAUCGGUGGCAAAUCACAAUUUGGCAACAUAAGAGUUGAAUUGAUUGAAGAAAGUUCUGAAAAUGAGAUCAUCUUACGCAGAUUAAUUGUCACGAGAGAUAGGCAAUCACAGCCCAUCAUCCAUUACCAGCAUCCAAAUUGGAGUUCAGAAAGAUCUCCCGAUAUCUCAUCUGUGUUGAACUUGGUUUCAAUUUUUCAGAAGUUUUCAAAACAGCAGAAGCUCGUUCACUGCAGUGAUGGAUCAGGUCGAACUGGCGUAUUUUGCGCAGUAUACAAUUUGUUACAAAGAUUCAAAGUAGAAAAACGAUUCAAUGUUUUCCAAACUGUGAAAGACUUGCGAGACUGCAGACCCGGAACGGUCCAAACAGAAGAACAAUAUAAACUCUGCUACGAUAUUAUGCUGGCAUAUAUUGAUUCAUUCAGUCUUUAUGAAAACAUAAACCGUCGCGCACAAGAAGUAUCUGGUUCAGCUGGCAAUGAAAGCCUGUAUGAAAAUAUAAGUGCAAUAAGAAAGCAAAGUAAAUAUAAACAUUAAUGUCAAUUUGUAAUUCCUGAUGGUUAUUCCAUAAAUUUGUGUGUGCAAGAAGAAACAGACAAAGAAUUAUAUUGUUGAACAUUGUUAAUACUUUCUAAUCUAUGCAUAUUCAAGACACAAAUGCUCAUAAUAACCGUUGUUCUUAAUUUUUAUGCUUAAUCAUUUUACUAUUGUAAACAUUUGUGCUACUAAUUUGUAAUGCUUUCAUUUAUUUAUACUUUUUGAUGGUUGGUUAUUCCAUAAAUUUGUGUGUGCAAGAAGAAACAGACAAAGAAUUAUAUUGUUGAACAUUGUUAAUACUUUCUAAUCUAUGCAUAUUCAAGACAUAAAUGCUCAUAAUUACCGGUUUGUUCUUAAUUUUUAUGCUUAAUCAUUUUAAUAUUGUAAACAUUUGUGCUACUAAUUUGUAAUGCUUUCAUUUAUUUUUACUUUUUAAUUGUUAUUUCAUAAAUUUCUGUGCGUGCAAGUAGAAACAAAUAAAGAUUUGUUAUUGUUAAACAUUGUUAAGACUUUUCUAAACUAUGCAUAAACAAGAUAUAGUUGUUCUUACUAAUUUUUAUUCCGUAUCAUUUUACUAUUACAUUAACUUUAUGCAUAUUUAUCAUUUUCGAAUAUUUUCAAGUUAUUUCAAGCUAAAAAUUUUAUUUGUGAUGCACUUCUGAAAUAUUAUGUAUAGGUAUGUCGGAUACAAAUGAAAACUGACAAAUAUGGAAUUCGUAAAAUUAUUAUCAAAUCUGCUGCAUAUAAUCUAUAUAUAAUUUUUGACUCUUGACUUUUGAAAGUUUCUGAAUAGCAAGUCAAUGAAUAAUCGACCGGAUUUCUGCGGGACUAACUUCGUACCUUCCUCUGUGCUUUUGCACCGCUUGCAUAUAAUGCAAGGAUGCUGAAGCUUGAGUAAAGAUAUUCUGAGUGAUCCAAGAGUCUUGCUGCGCAUGUAUGUCUGAGGAAAUCUGACCUUGGUCAGACGAAACGUUACAGAUAUAUAUGUCUGUUAGUGUCCAGCAAGGCUCAUCUAGAUUACAGGGUGGUCCAAGGUUGUCGGCUCCGGGGGCCACAAAAUUAUUUUUGUAUGUUUGCGGGCCACAAUAGUGCCAAAAAUAGAUAAACAGUACAAAACAAACUUAUUUAUUUCGCAAACACGUUGAUCAGUAUUUAUCAUUUAUAAAGCUAUAACAUGCAAAACUCACUGAACCUCCCAACACCAAAUGCGAUUUUUCGAUCUUCUAAUGCGACGCGGGCUACAGAUAAUGAAGCUGCGGGCCUAGGUUUGGACCAUCCUGAUCUAGAAUCAAUAAGUGAUCUUUGCAAACUUGUCUGAAUUCAACUGUUCAAUAUUGGUUACAAUUUCAAUCACGUUUUUGCUCAUUUCUAUUUGUUCGCAAACCUUUUUUAUGAUAUCCUAUUAUAACGGCAAUGUUUCGCUUAUUUGGUCUAAUUUUUGUUCCCUUUAGAUCUAAAAAUCUGUCUUUAUGCAAUCGAAAUGAUCUUGAUAAUUUGUUGAAUCAUAUUUUCUAAGAUUAAUAGGAUAUUUAACGCUAUAUAUAAAUGUAAAUUGUCUCUAGUUUUAUUUACAAAAAUGACUGGUUUCAAAAUCAUAAAAAAAAAUCCCAAACAAUUCGAUAUUGAACGCUUCAAAAUACUAAAUUAUCAAUGAUGUCGCGAAUUAUCCUAAUACAGAAAGAACUUUUAUAAUAAAAUUACAUCUAGACUACCUUGUGAUCCACAAUUAAAACUUUAUCAUAAGUUAGCAAUCAUUAUUAGAGAGGUUGGUUUGAACAUUCCUAACUAUAACCACACUCGCUGCGUAGAUCAAAAUAUCUUUAAAUCAUUGAGCCGUACGUCAAAUAAUAUUUCUGGAAUUUCCUAAUUUUUGCAAUUUGCUCCUUACUGUCGUUAUUUUUGUUAUAUAAAUAUAUACCUUGUCAUCACCGCUAGAUUCAGUUUCUUCCAUUUUUCAUUGCUGU